CAAAGUGGUCAGAGAACUAGAGAAUAGUGCGAACGGGGAAUGAUCGCAGAGAACAUAUUUGCAUCGCAGAAAUGUGAUUUUGUUUUAUUCCAUGGAAAGAAAACUUCUCUUCUCUUCUCGUUUAAUUCUUAAAAUUAUUUCAGCAUUAUAUUGCAAUUGUCUUACCAGCUGAAAGGAGAAUUUUUCCCCAAGAAAGAAGGUCGUUUAUAUUGCAACGAAUAUUUCUUUAUCUGUGUGUUUUUUUGAUUUUAGAGACAUCUGCAGAAGCCUUGGUGAGCCUACGAGGUAAUGACUCCAAUAGAUAUCAUGAAACUAGAAUGUUAAUCUGCAUUGCUUCACCCUUUGAACUGUAAGAGUAACUAGCAUCAAAUUUCUCCUCACAAGAUAACCUCUGAAUUACACAUUAAGGUCACAAGAAUAAAGAAAAUGAUCACCAACUGAUUAAAAAUAGCUCUUGAUUGUUAAACAAAUUCUCUUUGUCAGCACCUUAUGAAAUGCACCUUAAGAAAUGCACUUUAAGAACAGUGCGGAGAAUAUACACACUGAUGCAAGUGUGUAAACAAUUAAAAUAGAUAAAUGAAUGAAAAAUUAAUUGGUAUUUGUGUUUUUCCUGAUUUAUAUUUUUCUGUUUGUUUGAAAUCAAUUAUUUUGUUUCUCUGUAGCUGGCAUGUUGGCUUAUUGUCUGAUUUUUAGAAGUUUUCUUCUGUAACAUUUCAUCUGUUUGAUUGUGUUAUGCUGGUUAACCUUUUCAUCUCUAAGAGUGACCAAAAUGUUAUUUCUCCUGUCACUAUUUACAUUUAAUUUCUGUUUAGGGAAUGUAGUCUGAUCUACUGCCAAAUUCUCUAUAGUUAACAUAGUAAGAAAUGUAUGAUAGAUAUAUAUAUAUAUCAUAUAUAUAUAAAUAUUAUGAGAGGAAAAAAGGACGCAACUACAUUUCCCAACAAGCCUGUUUCGUGAAUCGCUUCACUCUCCAGGGGUUUAAUUGAAGAGUGAAGUGAUUCACAAAACAGGCUUGUUGGGAAAUGUAGUUGUGUCCUUUUUUCCUCUCAUAAUAUUUAUUCUGCUCUGCUUCAAUGUAUUGAGCACUGUUCCACGCGAAAAUUCGACUUGCAGACUUCCUAUUAUAUAUAUAUAUAUAUAUAUAUAUAGUAAGAAGAAUUGACUUUGAGAUCUUGGUUGUGGAAAGGUUUAUUCUCCAGCAAAAUGCAAGCCUUAGGGUACUUUUUUAGUCAGAGACAAUGUUUACAAUAAUUAUUGUGUUAUUCUAUUGUCUGUUCUUUUAUUUUUAACUCUAUAGGUACUUUUUCAUUUUAAUGAUAUCUUACUUUACACAUAAUUGAAAAUUUUUGUAAAAGAAGACUGACAGAAUGUGUUUUUGUGCAGGUAUUGGAUCUCCAUUCAGCUCACCGGCAAAACGUAGCACUCCGGUUUGUACUCUUAAUGUGUAUUUAGUUUGAAAACUACACAUGCAUUGUUCUUAUUGAAUUUUAUAAUUAUGUAGGGUUUUUUUUUUAGUUUUACAGCUGUUGGUGAGCACUGAUUGGUGAUUUUCUUUCGUCAAAGCUUUCGUAAUGACAAGAAAAUGUCUAUUUUUUGCAAGCUCUGCCAUAACUGCUUAUUGCCUUAACCCUUUAACUCCCAGUUCAAAUUUGUCAUUCUCCUUACUGUCAACCAUACAAUUCUUAUAAUGUUAGUUCAGAGAAUUUAGUGUUGAAUCAACUAAUUAUCCCCAAAUUGAUAUUUUUCUUUAUUCUCAUCACUUAUCUGGUUGAUAUUGUAUUGAUAUCGUAAGGAGAAAUUCUGUCUUGGUCACUCAUGGGAUUUAAAGGGUUAACUUAAAGGAGAUAUUGUAGAUGUAUAUUGGCUGCUUGUAGCCUGAACUGAAUGCACAGAUGCGCCAUAACUUUAAUUAUUUAUUUGGAUAGAUUAACCUUCCAAAUGUUACACUUGCAAGUGCAGUUCUAUUUAGAAUAUUGUGAUGGUAAUGUAAUUGCAAAUGUUGUCUUUUGAUUUAAGUUGAUAGCAUAAUUUCAAUGUAAACUUUUAAAACAAAGUAAAUGGAUAUAACACAUCAACCUGAUGGCAUGAGUCAUGCUAAAACAUGUCUUUAAAUAGUACAUGUAUGAGGGGUUUGAUUCUAUUAUUGUCAGGAAGUUUUGAAACUUUUUAGGUAUGUGUUCAACUUCUCUCUUGUCAAUAAACCUCAAUGAUUAUCAUUAAUUCUUUUACCUUCAUAGCCACGGUCCAAGAAAAGAACUCGACAGACUGAUGAUAGUGUAGAAGAUUCUGACUUAGACAGAGGCACAGAUGAAGGGGUAAUUCCGAACUUUUGUGACAAAUUAUCUCGGUGAUUUUAGUGUUUUCUGAUUAACAAAUACAUACCAUGUUGCUGUGAGUCUGUCAGUAACAGAUCACAGAUAACAUCAAAAUGUGGUAAGAACAAAAAAAGUGGCACAUGAGGCACAGCCACUGAUGUUGUUACAUAUUCUUACAGAUGUAUUGUGCUAGUAACAGGAUACACUAUAUUUAAUUUUUUGCAUUUUUUUUAGUAUGUUAUCAUUCUAGACUGUCUAAUUUUCAGUUUUUUUUUUUUCAGGAAUACUCACUUUCCUCCCCAAGAACUAGGUUUGUUUUUGUUUCUUAAUAGUUCCCUAUAUCUGGUUGAAAUUGGAUUGAAGAAACCUUAGUUAUAACUGAAGACAUGAAGAGAUUUAAUAUAUGAAAGUUUGUGUUUGCUAUUUUCUGGGAAAGCACUCCUUUGGAGGGGAAAAGCACCUCUCUGGGCCACCAAAGGGGAGUGGUGGGAAAAAGCUCUUCUCGGGACCACCAAAAGGGAGCAGGAGGAGGGGUGGGGAGAGAAGGGAGAAAGUGCUCCUCUAGACCCCACCUAGCAGGAGCAAGGAGGAGAGACAAGGGUCUUUGCAAAAUCCAGCUGCCCUUCUGCUUUAAGCAUCAAUAAAACCCCUGCUUGUUGUGUUGGAAUAAUUGUUUCUACUUUGAACUAACUUAUUUACUGGAGAAUAUCUGCUCUCUUACAGGAGAAUGACAAAAGCAGCUUCUCUGGUAAGUAAUUUUGUGUACAUGAAUAUGUGAUCAAAAUGUUUCUUAUUAUAACAAAACAAUAAGCGUUUAGGAUAGUGUCCAGAAUUAUGUGAAAUUUUAAAUGCUUCAAUGCACAGUGUAUGAUAUCUCAUAAUUGCCCUAUUUCUGAUUUUUUAGUUAUUUGGCAAUGGAAAUACAGACAAGAAGCUUGCCAAGGUACAGUUAACAUAUUUUUGUAAAGUUAUUGAUUUUACCACUGGUCUUGUUCAAAGGCAACAAAACAGAGGAGAAAGUGUGAUCAACACUUUGCCUUGAUGUUAAGAAUGUAUUUGAAAAUCUUUGUCUCUGCAAUGGAAAGUGGCAUAAGUACUAAAUAAUUUCAAUUUAUGCACUCUUAUAACAACAGAGUGAAAUUGAGCAAAUUACUGUAGUCAGCAACUUGUGGUUUGCUGGUUUUGGCCUGACCUUUUGGCGAUGCAUUUUAUUGCUUUUUUUGGCUUGUUUUUUGCUUCCUUUUGAAGAUUGGCUUGUUCAAACUCCUGCCCCUUGCCACACACUUGCAGAAUUGUUUAUUAAAUAAUUCUGUGUGUGGUCAACGAUUGUUGUAAAAUUUAGCAAAGUCAUGUAUUAGUCUUAGGUGCCACUAUGUUUUUCACUUGUAGGCAUCAUUCUAAAAUGUGAAAAUUUUCUUUUGAGCUAUUUGCUCAUGAAAGCAAACUCUUUGCCUUUUAACUCCUUCUUAUUUAAAAUUAAAAUGUGUGUAAUUUGCUGGUUUAACCCUUUAACUCCCAUGACCUAAUUGUCAAUUCUCCCUUCCAGCUACUAAAUAUUUCCCUUGACAUUAGUUACGAGAAUUUUGUGUUAGAUCAAGAUAACAACUUCUACCUGAUAAGUUUGAGUAUUCUCAUAACCUUUUUGUUGGAUACCGUAUGGAUAUUAUAGAGAGAAGUUAGUUGUUAAUCACCUCAGGGAAUUAAAGGGUUAAAUUUCCCACCCCCCCAGUGCUAGGAAAACAGUCAAAUUCCUUUGAAUUGGCAGGAGGGGGGAUGUUGAAGCUUCAAAUCAAUUGAUGUAUAAUGUUGUGAAUUGGUAUCUCUAGGCUUCCUUUGCUAAGUUGCAGAACCUUUUGAAGUUACCCAAAGCAGCAAGAUGGUGUUAUUUUGAAUGGUUCUACUCCAGCUUAGACAGGUGAUGGAUAGAAGCACUUUUAUUUGAAACUUUGUUAAUUUUUAAAAAUCAUCAAAUGUAUGACUUUGAUUUUGUUUUUAUUGUAGAGUGUUAUUUCAAGGUGACAACGACUUCGAUGUUUGCCUGAGGGAAUCAUUUCCAAAUUUAAAGGUAGAUGCUGUCAGCAUGAAUGUUCCUCUUUUCUUUGUUGCUUAUCCAGACAUUCUGUCUUGUGCUUUUAUGCCUUUACCAGUCUUUUGUGUAAAGUUUAUUGCAAUCCAUGAAAAUGUUGCUUGCAAAGAUCACAAAUUAACAAACAACUUGCAGAUAUCUCUAAGUUUUGCAGUGGUUGUUCCCUUGUAGUUGGUCUGUAACUGAAUGCCAGGUGCCAUAGAUAUGAAAUUUUCAUUAAAAUGUUCUUGCUGGUCAAUACUUUUAAAAGUUGGUCUUUGAUAAUAGUUAAUCUUGGUUGACCAGGAAGAAUUUUAGGUUUAAGAAAUGUAGUUCAUGUCCUAAAAUUCACACCUACAUAUUAACCGUUUAACUUCCAAGAAGUGAUCGUUACUUCUUCUUUCUACCUGCUACACAUUACCUUGAAAAUUGAUGACGAGAAUUUAGUUUCAGAUCCAGAUAAAAACCUCUACCUGAUAGGUUUCAGUAUUCUCAUUACCUGUUUGGUGGAUUAUGUGUGGAUAUUAUAGAGAGAAGUUGCAUGUGAAUCACAUAUGGGAGUUAAAGGGUUAAGUCUAAAACAGGAAUGGUGAAGAAAAAUAUAAAAAAUUUUGUGCUACUUUGUGGUAAGAUGCCAUUGUUAGUGACUUUCUUUUGUUGAUAGACUCGCAAAUUACGUCGUGUUGAAUGGAGGGAAGUUAGAAGACUAAUGGGUAAACCAAGGAGGUUAGUGAAUGGUGAAGUCUGGAAUUCCUGCAAAGUUUUCAAUCUUUUCACAAAACUGACUACCAUUUAUUUUCUUUUUUUUUUUGUUCAUUUAUUGCAAGGCAGAAUCUGAGAUAAUUUUUAUGAUAUCAUAUGAGACAGGGGCAUAGCCAGAAUUUUUCAAAGGGGGUUACACUCUGUUGAACAGAAGGUAUUCUUCAGAUUGUCAUGUUGACCUCCAUGCCAUGUUUUACUCAAAGUGACAAAAAAUGCCUACAAAAGGGGGGGAGGGGUUACUGGCACCCCCUCCCUUCCCCCCUCCCCAAUUCAGGACCACUGCUAGCUACACUCUUGUUAGGUGCUAGCUAUGGUGAUUAAAAGUUGUUUCAUUGGUUAUACACUCUAGAUGUUCUCCAGCGUUUUUCUUGGAAGAGAGGCAAGCCUUGGAAGAGAAGAGACGAAAGAUUCGCAUGCUUCAGCAACGGAAGGCCAGUCUUCAGUUCUUUUUCAUUCUAGACUGUUUAGUAUCUUUUUAGACUAUUUCUUUUUUGGUUCUUUUUUACUUGUUAUGUACAGUAAGUUUUUAGUGAUGUCAAAAACAUUUUUAUCUUAAUGUUUAUCAACAGGUUACUGAACUUAGCAGGUUCAAGGAUUUACCCGAUGAGGUUCCAUUACCUUUGGUUAUUGGGACAAAGGUUACAGGUUGGUUUUUAGAUUAUUAUAAGCAUACAUUUAGGGGGGCUGCCCAACCCUUCAGCCUUUUUAUGUAUUUUCUCCAAAGGUUGAACUUUAAAUCCUCAUUUGCCAUUUUGUGUUAAUAUUCGUGAAUCCCUCGGUGAUUGGGGUGUAAAAUUGUUCACCCUAUAACUCCCAUAAGUGACCAAGAAUUGCUCCUUCCAAUAUCAAUACAAUAUCAAGUAGACAAGUGAUGAGAAUAGAGAAAAAUAUCAGUUAGGGGAUUAAAGUUGAUCCAAUACCAAAUUCUCCAAACUAACAUCACAAGAACUGUAUGGCAGACAUUAAGGAGAAUUACUAAUGAGAUCCUGGGAGUUAAAAGUUUAAGGAUAGGUGGGUAUGGCAACAAGGAAUGAAAUUACAAGGAUUAUCAGGCCAGUUGUUUUCUCAAUGUUCACCUCUACUUGUAGCCUCAUAUAAUAUUGAGACUGUCACGCUGUUCCAAAAUGUUUCUUUGUAGUCCACUUCCUGUUAGUAAGGUAGCUUGUGUUUCUAGGGACCAUUCUUUCUGUCCUUAACCCAGCUUUAGAGAUUGUAGAAUUCUGUACUACUUUGCAGAAUUUUGCAGCCAAAUUAUGUCCACCCUAGUAUUUGUUCAAUAAUGUGUUGAAAUUUUGAUGAUCAGACCACUGAUAACCACCUCUGAAGUAAAAAGGUCACUUUUAAUCUUCUUUUCACUCUAGCCCGCCUGCGUGGGCCUCAUGAUGGCCUUUUUACCGGUCAGAUAGAUGCAGUUGAUACUGUGAACUGCUCUUACAGAGUUACUUUUGAUCGCCCAGGUUUGUAUCCAGAGCCUGUUAAAUGUAGCAGUUGUAUGAAGUUUUAUGUUUCACAUUUUUAUUGUGUUACAUCGUCUAUGCAGUUAUAAAAUUCAUGUACGUGUAAAUAAUACUGAUAAUGAUGAUAAUAACAACAAUAAUGAUAUUGAUAAUUAUUAUAUACCACAGGAGUGAAUAGUGCUUUUCAUGCAUGCUGACUGGCUAGUGUGAAAAUGAAAAGUUAGAACUAUUCACCUCCAGGCAGCUGAUGAGACAAAACUGCAUGUCAAGAGUUUAAUUUCCAACCAUUUUUAGUACAGUAACUGUGUAUUGAAAGAAAUAAACUAAUCAUUUGAUAUCUGUUUGAUUUAUACUAAAACAAUUAUUUACCUCAGUCUCAUUGAAAGUGGUAGAUAUUUACCUCACUGACUCGUGGCUAGGUAAACAUCCACCACUUUUCACCUCCACUUUGGUGAUUAAUUGUUAACUGUUAUUAUAAUGAUAAGUUUUCAUGUGAAAAAGAGUAACUUUCACUAGUGGGCAUUUGAAUGUGCAAUAUAGUAAAGCCCAACAAAAGCUUGAAAUAGUUUUGUAAUGAAAUUUCAACUUGUAGGGGUCAACAUUUCUAAUAGCUUUAUUGCAUUUUUUCUGAGUUGCAUUAUUUAUUCCUGCAGGCCUUGGAACACAUUCAGUACUUGAUCUUGAAGUCUUGGUAUGUAAUUAUUUUUCCUCUUCUUUUCUUACCCUGACAGAAUUUUUUUUUCUGUUUGAAUUAAUAUGAAUAAUAAUAAUAAUAAUAAUAAUAAUAAUAAUAAUAAAAGGUGGAAUGAAGCUUGUUAAUACUGAUCAGUGAAUGUGAAAGUGAUCUUUGCAAUAAUGAGCAGUUACUUAAUCAUGCAGUAAUGAAAAUAAGGCCAGCUAACAAACCAACUGGGAUCUGGUCAUUAUGUUGGUUCUGAGUAAUCCCUUGAAGUGAUGAACAAGACUAUGAAUAUCUGAAAAUCAUAAAUGUGAACUGGGGAGAAAGAAGUGAAGAUUGCUUUCAUAUUCACUUCUUUUUCUGCAAUUUCAUUUAUUCACUGUCUUAAUACUGAUCAAUUCUGUUUUCAGAGUGAGGAGCCACAUGACACCAUGCCCAUAUCAUCAUUUCUUCAAAAAGAACGGCCAAGAACAGCAGCAUUCACUCCUGCGUAUACACCACCAAGGUGAUACAAGCUUCUUAAUCCAUUAACUCCCAAGAUCUGAUUGUCAAUUCUCCCUUCCUGCUACUACACAUUUCCUUGUAAAUUGAUUAAAAGAAUUUCAGUUUUCAACCAAGGUUAUAAAUCGUACCUGAUAAGUUUGAGUAUUCUCACUACCUAUUUGCUGAAUAAUUUAUGGAAACUAUAAGAAGAAGUUACAUAGUAAUUGCUUCUGGAGUUAACCCUGUAAUUCCCAAGAUUUUGAUGUUAAUUCUCUCUCCAGCUGUCACACAUUUCCUUGUAAAUUAGUUACGAGAAUUUGGUGUUAGAUCUAGAUAACAACUUCUACCUGAUAAGUUUGAGUAUUCUCAUAACCUGUUUGCUAGAUAAUGUGAGGAUAUUAUAAAGAGAAGUUUCGAGUUAAUCCAUUGUUAUCACACUUUCAUUUGUAAAAUUUGGCCUUUUCAUGAUUUAUAUAAUGCUGAUGGAAUCUUGGUUCCUUCUAGGCUUCUUCCUGCUGGUAGUGACUUGAAUAGCCCAAAUAUGGUAAGAAAAUUCCAGCAUUGUCUUAAAUUGUAUUCAAGAUGCCAAAGUUUCACCAGACACUUUUAGUAAAUUUUACUUUCCUAUCCAUUACAUCUUUCCACAGGUUCAUGAUCCUCUUAUAGGAGCAUCACCUGGAAGGUAAUAGUUGUUUAUCUCUCAGUUGCAUCAAUGUCAUUUUGUUUUAAGUGUUUGAUGUUGUUUAAAACCACCUUGAACUUGAAGGGGACUACAAAAUAGUUAUGAAAAAAAAACACGAAACAGGCAAUAUUCAAUGAUCACAGAACAGGGAUUGCUAUGAUUAAAGAGGAUAGAACUGGAUUGAUAGUGACAGACCUGUAAAGUUAAGGUUAAUUGUUUUUAUAAAACUGCGCAAACCAACAAUGUUGCUCCUUAGAACAUUUACCAAUUUGAAAUUUUCCAAGUCACACCUGCAGUGAUAAUUAAUAACUUCAACAAGUACCUCAAUUUUUCUUGUGAGCAAUAGGCUAUUUCUGAGUUUGGACUUUCUCAGUUGCAAAAGAAGCCACUGGUAAGUGCAAACCCUAUUGCUAAAAAAAAAAAAAAUAGAAUGCAUAAGAGUACUAAAUAAUCAUGUUCAUGGUAGAAGUCUUACACUUACCAUCAUUUUUAAACUGAGGUUUUGGAAAUGUAGGAAUUUUUUAUACGUAUGGUUAUUUAAAGUAAAAUCAUGUUAUGAAUAAAUAUAAUAAUGUCUUAUUUCUUUGUAAGGUUACGACUUCAAGAUGCAAUCUCUCAACAAGGACAAGGUAAUUGAGAACAAAUUGGAAGGCAGUGCCAUUAGCAAUGUUGUGUGAUCUUCCAUUGUCAAAGUGCUCUUACCUCCUUGAUACUUAAACUUUUACACCCUAAAAUUGAUAUCUAUAUUCUCCAUACUGUUCUCUAUACAUUUUGUAAAGUACCAGCAAGGAGAGUUUGUUUAACAAUUAAGAGCUUGUUUAGUUGGUGAUCAUUUCCUUCAUUCUUGUGACCUAAAUGUGUUUACAUUUAGGGGUGUUAUGGUAAGGAGAAAUGAGAUGAAUACAGAAGCGAUCCUUGCAGUUAUGAACAUUACUGAACUAGUAGUUGAAAUAAGGCCUGAAAAAAAUUCAGGCCUGUAUGGGAUUUGAACCCAUGACCUCUGUGAUACCGGUGCAGCGCUCUACUGACUGAGCUAACAAGCCAACUAGGAGCUGGUCAUUAUGUUGGAUCCAAAUAAACCUUUCAGGCUUUUAUUUAUGAACUAAAACAAGGAUAAAUAAAUUCUAAACUUGUUUGGUUCAUGUUAAGAGGUUUCAAAUCCUCACAGGCCUUACAGAAGACUGGUAGUGUUAAAAGAAAAAGUUGUGAUAAUGAUGAACAUUCAUUUUCUCCAAAGCAUUUAAUUUUUUUUAUCCAUAGAAAUGCAUUCUACUCUAACUGAUAUUUCUUUUUUUUUUUUAACUUAAUGAAGUUGAAACACAUUUUUCAUGAAAAUUAAUUGAAGUUGAACAUAAUAUUUUUAUAUCAUUUUUCUUAAGGUGGCACUCUUGGUGGUUUUCCAAUCAGGUUUCUCAUCCUUGUGGUAUGUUUUUCAUGAUUCAGUGAAAUAUGUAUGCUAACCAAACCUUGACACUUACUAUGAUGUAUGUGAGCAUUCAAUGUCAGUGUUUGUGAUGUAUUUAUUUUAGAGAGAUAUUUUUUUUUUUGUAGACAAGAUUAUCAAAGAUCUUACUUGUCAAGAAAGAAUGCAUUGAAAAGUUACGAGAAAUGAACACACAAGCUCAGAAGAUGGUGAGAGUUCAAUGCUGUAAAUUUACAAUCAAACUUGUGUGAUGUCCUGUGCCAAUUACAAAGUCACUUCAAAGGACUGUUUUUGCAAUUAGCUUGAUGGAGAUAUAAAUUUUGAGCUCGACUGUGUGUUGUUGGUUUCAGUUUUUUUCAUUGUAACCCUUUAGAAUGAGUUUACCUUUCAACUCCCAGAAGUGAUAAACAUGUAACUUCUCCCUAUUAUAUUCAUACAUUAUCCAGGAAACGGGUAAUGAGAAAACUUAAAUUUAUUUGGAAGAAGUUUUGAUUUUGAUCUGAAAGUAAAUUCUGGUUAUCAAUUUUCAAGGUAAUGUGUAGCAGGUAGAGAGGAGAAUUAACUAUCACACCUUGGGAGUUAAAGGGUUAAAAUGUAGGAGUGAAUUUUAUGACAUGAACUACAUUUCUUAAACACCAAAUUCUUACUGUUCAACCAAAAUUAACCAUUAUCAAAAACAAACCUUUAUAAGUAUUGGCCAGCAAGAACAUUUUAAUGAAAAUUUAAUAUCUAUGGCACCUAUCAUUCAGUCAUCUUGAUCCACUACCAGCUAGAAGGGAGAACUGGAUAUUGGAUGUUAUAGCAUUAAGUUACUACAAAAAACAAUGAGCAUUAUUGUAAACAUUACUAUAAUCAUUGCCACUAUAAUUGUCACAUUAGUCUGUGUCAUUAUCACUGUCGUGAUCACUGUAAUUGUAACUAAUGACUGGUAUCUUUAUUGGCAAUCCAAUUAUCAAUUGUAAAUUUACUCUGUUAUUUUUACUCACUUAACAGAAAUCCUACCAGGAGCCCAUUGAUAAGGAGUUCCAGAGGCGUUAUGCCUCAGUUGUAUUGGAAUUAGAGAGGCUCAAUAAAGUGAGUUUUGGUGUAUUUGUUUGUUUUUGUCCUCUAAGGUAGAACACAUUUUGUAAUAUAAAAUUAAUGUUUAUGAUUUGUGCCAUUUUUUGCAGGAUCUCAAUGAGUAUUUAACAGGUGUUCAGGAGUAUUGUCAAGAGGUAAGAACAUUUUUUCCUGUGUAAUUGCUUAACCAUUUAACCCCCUUAGAAGUGAUUAAGUUGUAACUUCUCCUUGUGAUUUCAAUAUGUUAUCUUGUAUAUGAGAUAGGAGAAUAGACAAGCUGAUCAUUAAGUGGGUAUCAUGUUGUUAUAAUACCAAAUUCCUGUCUAAUAAUUACUAGGAACUGUGUGGUAGUCAGUAGGGAGAAAUUCUAAUUCAAUCUUGGGUCUUAAAGGGUUCAUUAACUGAUAAAUGACCUAAAGUACUGAUUGAACAACUUAAAAAAUGUUAUUACCAACAGCAGAAAACCAAUCCAUUUCCACAGAAAUGUACUGUAAAAUCAAUCAGCUUUACUCCAGAUUUAGAGGCUGGCAUAAUGAAGUGAUAUGCUUAUUUGGGUUUUGUUUUCUAAUCAGCUGGCCCCUGAACAAGGAGUUCAAUCUAUGGAUCCUUCCAUCAGUGUUAAAAGAAGAUGUGAUGAAGAGGCUGCCAGAGUAGUGGAAGACAAUAAUGCAAACAUGGGCCUGUAUGUAUCAAAUUCUGCAACAUAGUACUUAGAAAGUAACAACUACCUGUAGCUUGUGGUCAGGUUCUCAAAGGUACUGUGGUUGGAGCUACAAAAAAAGUCUCAUUUGGGCAGACAGAAUUGUGUCUCACUGCUGUGCUGCUUCUAGUAAUACCACAGCACUAAUUAGAGCCUAUACUCAUAGUAGUCUAGUUGCACAGUCCCCCAAAAUAGCAAAAUGCACAACCCACCUCAGGGAAGGAGAUAUAGGGAAUCAAUUGCAUCAGCCUGAUGCUCAACAUGAAAGCAAGCUCCGUCCAUAAACAGCAUUGAGAAUGGACAGUUUUAAAAAACUGUCCAUUCUCAACCAUUUCAUAAUAAAAAGUAGCAAGAUUAAAACAUGACGUUUUGGUGAUGACCUUCCACCUUUAUCAAAUGUAAAAUUGUUAUGCAUUGUAAGUUCAGGGACGUUGUAUAAAGAAAGGAAUUAGAAUAAAAAUGAGAUGGAGUUAAGCAAAAGAGAUGCUUCUAAUAAGGAAAUAGAGAUCGACUCUGAAUACUCAAGAAGACUCCAUUCCAGCAAAACUGGUCAUUUGAUUAUGUACAUUCUUUUGUUUAACUCCAUCUCCUUUUUAUUCUAAUAUACUGCUAGUUUCAUAGUUUCCAUUCUUUAGAUAAUGUCCCAGAACUUUUAAUAAUUCUACAUUUGAUAAUAGUGACAUGUUGCCAACAUGUCAUGUUUUAAUCUUGCUACUUUUGGUAUAAAAUGUUUUUCUAAAUCUUUUGUUAUCCUCAACCAAAUCUAAAUAAAUAUAAGAGCUUUCAAAAACCAGCCUUAAAAUGGUUAAAAUCUCAGUGGCUCAUGACUCAUCACAUGACCUUUUAGAUAUGAAGUCUGUCUUUUUUCCAGUGUCAAUCAAAUGUCAUUUGCUUUUGAACAAACUUGAUCACAGACUAAAGGUAUAAACACCUAGCUCUGAUUAUGACUUCCUUUAGGUUAUUGAAAAUGCCAAUGACUGUCACCUUGGAAACUCUUUUUCAUACCUACUACAGAGGACCUUCACACUGCAUGUUUCUACUGGGCAUAAAUCAUUUACCAUGAGAAUGAUUGCAUUUGUGCAUUAAAGCUUGAGCUCUGUAACUGCUUUUGUGUAAUGUGUGUGAAAAAUCACUGCCAUUAAUGGACUGGUUAUUUUUCAGAAAUGCUCUCACAAGUCAGCCGUUGGUGCAGAUUGUCAGUAAUUUAACUUCUCUCAUGCUUCAAAUUAAGGUAAUUAAGCAGCUACAAAAUUUAGACUCAUACAAGCAGCAACUGUAGCAACAGCAGUAGUGGUAGCAGUGCGGACAGCAGUGGCAGUAAUAAUGGCAGUGGUUAUAGUAGAGAUAGUAGUCACAGCAGUGGUUACCAUUGACAGUAGUCCAAAGUAGUAUUGGUGGCAGCAGAAGUUGAGGUGGUAGUGAUAAUGGUAGUACCUGUAGUACACAAAGAUGACAGCUUCAAAUUGGGUUCUUUAAGGAUACAUGUACUUCACAAUUCCCUGUCCAAAAACUCCAGGGAGUACAGAUUGCCUGAAAGCAAAUUAACACAUAACUCAUCCUUUCUCCAUUGAUAUUUUCAGUCAUUAGCAGAGAAUGAUCUCAAUACCUUUGAGUUCAAAUCUUUAUCUGAUGCAGUGGAUGAAAUCAAGAAAACUAUAGACCCCUCAAACAUUAGGUAUGUAUUUUGAUAUGAAACAGCUGCAGUAGGUAGCAUAAGAGUAUUUUGAGUCCAAACUGAUGAUGUCUAGGGAGCAGUGCCAAGACUUGGCAGUUGUAGAGUCUAUUUCAUGGUGUACAUGCCUGAGUGAUACAGCAGAAAAAAACAGAGUCAAGAAAUAGGGGGAGAGGCUAAGAAACACUGUACAACAAUAAGAAGAAUCUGUUUUAAAGCAAUGCUACUUUUUUUUUCAUUUGUCACAGUAUAUUAAAAUCAAGGGUAGGUGGUUGUUGAAUGAUCUUAUGGUCAACUAUUUUCAUAACAUCUAAAUCCUUCCUUCAGGUAACUCUACCUUAAGAGGAGUUGUAUCACUGUUGUUUUUUUACUGAAGAUUGAGUUGAAAUUAAAGCUGAUUGUUGUUUUUGUUUUUGUUUUUUUUUUUUACUGCAGCUGUUUUCAGAACAAUGUAGAGAUCCAUGUAGCUCACAUCCAGUCUGGUCUUAGUCAGAUGGGAAAUCUACAUGCGUUUUCAUCAUCUGCUGGGCCUUCAUAAGAUAUGUUUUGCAGCACAUAAAUCAUGGAUAGACAACAACUCUUAGUCAACAUGUAUGCUACAUUGAGACAUGAAAAUAAAAUCCCACUCAAACAUGAUUAGAUAAUUAUUUAGAACUUCAUUUUUGAAAUAGGCUUUUUGCGCCAACUACUUAAAAUGACAAAAUGACAUUUUAUUUAAACAAAUGCAGUUGUUAAAUAAUUAUUGUAAAGAAAAGUUGCAGUUAAUACUGUGGUGAAUUGUGGUGAAUUGACUUGAAAUGAAGUGUAAUUGUUUGUCAAAAGAUAUGGUUGUUUCUCAAUACUGAAUCCACAUUGGAGGCUACAUACACUUCUACAAUCCAUGUUGUGAUUCACUCUGGAGAUGACACAUGCUUCUCAGCUCCACAUUGGAGAUGACACAUGCUUCUCAGCUCCACAUUGGAGGUGACACACACUUCCUAGCUCUGCAUUGCAAUCCACAUUAGAGGUGGCUACUUUGUAAGACAAACAGUUUUACUUCAUUUCAAAUGCACAUGGAUAUAAUGGAAAAGGUUCAUAAGAAAUUAUGAAAAGAGGGUCUGUAAUAACCAAUAAUACUAGCUUAUGUUUUUAAUACAUACAUAUUCCUGUUAACAUUUGACUGGAUGAGUGGUUAGAAAUGCACAACCUUUUGAUCGAAUCUAUUUCAUUAAAGUUGUGAUUUUUCUGAUUAUAUACAUGAAUAAAGUCAUCUAUACUUUUUCUGCAAAGUGGUCUGGAAUAACCUUUUAUUAUUCUUCUGUAACAUUUUGAUCACACUCACUUGACCUCAUCCUUCCCUAAAGAAACUAACAUAAUCAUUUUUUAUUGUAACUUUACUGAUCAGGUAGUUCCUUAUUUCUAAGAAAACCAUGAACACCUGAAAUAUCAGUUUGACAAAAGAGCAAACUGGUUAAUAGCCUUGGAACAGGCCGUUAUUAAUAGUGCUGCAGGAUGUACGUUUCUCCACUUGCAUUAUUUACAGCCUUGUAUUUCCUGCAGGCAAAGAAAUGCUUGUGCCAAGGUGCUCGAAAGAAGUGCCUGCCUACAGGCUAACUGAUAUUGACUUCUGAUUGGCUUUCUUUCUCUUAACGUAAGAUAAUUACAGAUGGUACCUAAAGCAGAACUCCCUCAACUGACUGUUGACUGAUUGUCUGUACUGUUCUGGUAUAAUCUAACAGACAGAAAAAUUCUACAAUCCCAC